AUGAAGGGCGACCCAACCACUGAUGGCUCAACUUCAUCAACUGAUGGGCCUGUUACUGGCACUAGCGACCCAACCACUAAUGGCUCAACUUCAUCAAUUGAUGGGCCUGUUACUGGCACUAGCGACGCAACCACUGAUAGCUCAACUUCAUCAACUGAAGGGCCUGCGACUGGCACUAGCAACCCAACCACUGAUAUUACCACCAGUGUUACUGAAGACAGCUCUUCGCCGACAACUGAUGCACCUAUAAGUGAUGCACCUGCGAGCGUCAAUACUGAAUCUUCGACAAUAGGGUCAACGAAUGAUGACUCGGAGUUGGUGUAUAACGUCCAAAUGGUGAACACCCGACCCUUGAGAUACAACCCAUAUUUUGAUUUCGUGCCCAUGAGGGCUCUUAAGGAGAGUGAUGAUGACGACGACGUUGAGGCUGAAGCCAGGUGUCUAGUGGUGACAUUUCUUGAAGAAAACGGCGAGACGAACGUCAUCCGUGGUUGCGCUUAUGAAUCGGAUGACAUAGAAGCGAAGUGUCGCGAAGCAAUGGGUGACAGUUACGAUGGUGACAUGCGAAGCUGUAGGAUGUGCAACGGAGACCUGUGCAACUCUUCCAACAUCCAAACCAUCGCUGUCACCCUCUUUUUAUCUUCUAUAUUUCUGACUCUAAAAAUGAAUAACUGAUUGAAAUGUUUUGUAACAAGCAAAAUACUUGAAACCUUUCAGAAUGGUUACAUAUUUAUUAACUAACUAGUAACAAUUACAAUGAUGAUAACAAUAUUGUUCACUGUAGAAGGAAUUGGUGCUAGUGAAUGGUUGUUUAAGCAUCUAGUUAUUCAAUUUGACCUGUCUAGUCAAUAAUUAACUAAAUAGGGACUAAAAAAUUAUAAAAUGAUGAGAUAGUAGGUUGAAAGUUGCGAUUACUCACUUUAGACAAAGUGUUUAGUUGUGCUAUUUUAAAUAGAUAGUACCCAGAGAUUGAAUGUUGUUAUAAUAUUGUGAAAAUAUUUAUAAAUAACUAGUAUGAAUUUCAAAACUGAGUCUAACUAAAGUCUAUCCAAAAUGAAUAUGAAACGAAGGAACUGGCUAAAUGACAUGACUAGCUUCAACAACAAGUGAAUAUUGUAAAAAAUAAAGACAC